AUGCUUUGGAGCGCCUACACCACCUUCGAGCCUGAAGUGAUCUUUGGCUCUCCUCGCUGCAAGUUCUGGAGCAUAGCCGCAUCGAGACGAGAUCGACAUCAACUUCUACAAGAUCGAGAGAAGGACAGAUCGGCUUUAGUGUUCCUUCAACGCCUGUAUGCUGAACAGGUGAAGAAGUCUCGAGGCUACCUCCUGGAACAGCCAUUGUCUUCAGCUAUGUGGGAAGAGAGUGUAAUGGCAGAGAACAAGAAGUUCCCUGGCUGGCGAAAACAUCGCCGCACAGAUCAAUGUGCAUUUGGAGCAGUUGAUGAGCUUCGGAAGCCAGUGUUGAAAGCCACCGGCAUUGAGGCGAACUUAAAGCUACGCCUCAGCCUUCGUCGAUGCAAUGGACACAAUGGAAUGCCCCAUGCACCUCUACAAGGUCAACAUCAAGGCAAGAAUCGUACUGCUAUGGCAGCUGUCUACCCGACUCGCUUCUGCAAGGCCCUCAUCCAGGACAUCAUUCAAUGGUUUCAGAAGCGCAACAUUCUGCACAUGCGCUUGGUCGACUCAUGGACCUAUCACCAAGUCCUCUACAAGUGCGAGCGUUGCAAGUUUGGCAGAGCUGCAACAGCUGAUAUGGAGCGUUCCUUCAUUCCGGGAGAAUGUCGCCAUGGUCGCAUGUUCAAGGAACCUUCAGCAGCUCCUUCGGCUGCCUCAAGUCCCACAGCUGACUUUCAACGAGGCAUUCGAGCACAUGGAGGUAUGAGUCAGGUUGAGAUACAAGUUCCUGACUCUAUGGAGUUCACCGCUGAAGACAAGCUCUACCUGAAAGGCCUGCUGUGUCAAUUGGUGAACGACUCCAUGACCAUCUUCGACGAAGUCACCGACGGCAACUACUCCCGAUGGAUUGAAGAUCCCAUCCUGAUGACGAUUGUGCGCUCAUGCCUUCGCAAGAUUCUCUAUGUCCACGGAGUGUACAUCAUCCUGCACCCUUUUGCCAAAGCAUUUCCGGAACCAAAACUGCGAGCUGAACUUUGUCCACUGCGACUGAUCUGUCGAGGCACCUACAAGUCCUGGACAGUUCAUCCACUUGAAGAUCUUCGUGAAAUGUCACCAGCUCAGCAGAGAGAAGCCAUUGAGGAGCCUGACUGGAUGAUUACUUUCUUUGGCGAUGUUCGGGAACCCACUUCGACAAGAAGGUCAUCUCCAGCCACACCUGCUCCAGUCACUCCAGCUCCUGGCACUCCAAUGCCUGGUACACCAGCACCCUUGAUGCCUGUACCUGCAACUCCGAUGCCACCUGCUGAAGAGACUUCUCAAGCUUUGGUUCCUGUGGAUGAUGCACCACUACAGAUGAUGGCCAUGAUUGAAGCAGCUCAGCCCUAUAAGCAGCACUUCCUCGGCUACAAGCUGAUCCUGCGCCACGACGGAGCACAUUGGAAGAAUAUUCCUUCGACUCCUACGGAAGCACAACAGAAGAUUCUGUCAGCAUUUGGACAAUGGGAAGAAUGGGCUCAGCACCCCGUCCACGGAGUUCUCUAUGGACAAGCAUGCCAUACACUUCAUCCACUACCACACACUCGUGGAACCAUCUUGACAUGGUUGAAGGGCACCUCUGACUACAUCAAGAUCCACAAGGAGGAUGACAACUCAAUGAAGCUCAAGGAUGAGUAUGGCCAGCGCUGGGAAUCUCUUUGCGUCAUGUACAUCUUCUACUACCCGACCAGCACUGAGAUGGCGCCUGCAGAAACACCUCAUGGAGACGAAGUGCAAUCAGCUCCUGCUCAAGCACCACCUCAUGAUCCACAAGCUCCCGUGGAGACAGAGAGAGACAUCGACUGUGAACUGCCCAGGAAGCGUGGCUCAGCUACCACUGAUCCUCCGCUACCAGAUCCUGAUCCCAAGAAGGCCAAGUUCGAUGUCGCUCACAACAUCACCACGGAGCUGCAGAACCUUCAUACUCUGCAGUGGAUGAUCGACCGCAAGAGAUUCUUCCGCCUGCAUAAUGAGGCUUUCUGGUCAGAGACCUACUAUGUGCCCCGAUGGUUCAACAAGAUCACCAGAGAGAUGGUCACACAGAAGAGCCAAAUGCUCCACGAAAAGGCCAAGGAGAGAGGUACCUACUUGGUCCAUCUGGCCAGUUCGAAGAAGCGCCACUUUUACCUUGACUUGUCCAACGGUGGCCGCUACAUGUCUGUCACCGCAGAGGACACGAUCUCAGAGACCGAUCUGGCAGAGAUUUGGCCAUUGGUCGAAGAGGCUGAUGGAAAGGAGAUGGCGCAAUUCGUGGAGGAGAAAGCCUUCGCCAAGAUCAAGCUUUCUGACGACGGCUACAAGAUCGAUCAGACUGAAUUCGCCACGAAGCUAAAGCCAUCCACGAAUCCUCCUGGAGAUGAUGAGAGAGCACUGACCGCAUCUGAAGUCACCGACUUGCAUUCAAAGCCUUCUGCCUCGAAAGAAAAUUGCCAGUCCACCAUCUACUCCGCCGAACUGUCCAGCUGGAACACCAAGGACCCUGAAUUUAGAUGGAUCUUCAUCGACUUCCUCUACGGCACGACCAAAGCCGAGCUCUAUUCCUGCGCCUUCCGCUGCUGUUCCAAAGAUGCCUGCACCUGGCAGCCCGAUCAUCGACUGGUCUGCAUCUGGCACGACAGUGUUCAAGCAGCCGCCGCCUGCAUGAGCUUUACCUGCCGCACGGAGCACAUCCCCUCGUUGGACCCUUCUUUGCAACCGACCCUGGUGGCCGUCUACGGCUGUCAGCCCUGGACGCUGGAAGGGCUGAACGAGGCACGGGAAAUCCAUGAGGCCUCCGGGAUGAGGUGUAGCUCAGCUGAGGUCAUUUUGGGUUGGUCUCUCAGCACGCUCGGUGUACAAAACCUCGAUUUGUGCAGAGAAGCCCAGGCGACCCGGCAGCCGCCGCGGAUGGUUCGCUCCUGCGGCGCCGCGGCGAAGCGUUCACUCGGGGAGCGGUGGACCACGCAGACCCGGUUGAAAGACCCCGAAGAGAUUCGGAAGUGGACCAAGCAAUUUGUGAAGUUCAGGGAGUUCAACAUCAAGCAAGACCGCCGACAUGCACGGCCACUUCACUGGCCCAGCCUUCAUUUGGACCGCGGGGUGCGCACAGAUGGCUGGGACCGAAGUGGCGCCAGUGGCCCAGAGCGGGGGCAUCUCAGAGCCUGGGCGCGGCUGCCGGGCUACACUGAGAAGAGAGCCGAAAAAGGGACAAGUCUCCUGCUGCCCGAGAGGAUCCAGAUGCUGAGUGAUCCAGACGCACCACCCCGUCCAGAGGAUGGAUCUGGAGAAGUGAACGGCUGUUCCGCGUUUGAAAGCGGAGUGGCCAGCGCAGACUUCCGAAUCACCUUUGAAGUGCUCCCAGGAACGCCAUUAGGUGAGGGUGUGGAGGGCAGCUUCUUUACAGCAGCGAACCUGCUGAAGAUGCCCUUCUCCUGCGAAGGAGGCAUGUUCCAGCGUCUGCAAAGGUUGCAGAUGGACCUGCUUCUGCGAACAGGCCUCCAGCCCUUCGCUGGCGUUUUGCGCGCGGCGCCCUGCCUCAAACGCCUGGGCACCAUUUCACUGCCCUUGUUCCGGUUGCUGGAGCCGGCGCGGGAUGCCUUCAAAUUGGAGGAGGUGGUGCUCGCCAUGGAGAUUGAGGACUGCUUGAGCCUCUUCAACAUGUUGGUGCCGCUGUCUAUGACUGGGAACCGAUGCACUCUUCGGAGGCUCUCAUUGCACCUUCAGGCUCCGGAUGGCUUGCUGCCACCCAAGGAGGAGGUCGAGGGCUUCCUUUGCUCCGGCUUCUUGUGUUUGUCUGAGUGCCUGGCAGAGCAGAGCUUCAUCCACUUCACACAGAGUCAGGAGCAGCUCGUGGAGACCGUCUUCUUCCAGCUGCCCUUUGCGGCCCCGGAGUUCUUCUCGGCGGACUUCGCCAGCUGCGGACCCCAAGGGCCCACCUCGACGCCCCUCAGCAGGCCUUUGCAGCGCAUGGAUGCGCUCCCUGAGCAGCGGCCCUCCGGCACCCUGAUCUCUGGGCGCCUACGGCCCAGCAUGGCAGAGUCUUGGAUGAACAGCACAAUGCGCCGAUGA